CUCUAGGGGGCAGAGUUGGACGGCGGAACGACGGCAGAGUCUGUGGCAGACUAAUGGCGUCUCUCCAGUGAGAAGCAGCUGAUUUCCUACCGAGCACGGCAGCAGGAACGGUGGAGAGGUAAACACGCCGCCCCCGGAUUUUUUUCUGAAACAAGAUAGCCCGCUGCUUUGGCGCGAGGACUCUGCCACGGGCUGCACGCGCUGGGAUAUCUGGGAAAUUGGUCGUUCCAUCAGACAAAACAACAAGCCAAGCGAACGAAGAGGCGGCGCGAGCUCCCUAAGCUUUUAUUUGUUCCAUUUCUUCUUCGUAUUUUAUGUCUAAAAUUGAUUUAGUAUUUUUGUCGUCGGUGCCUGCGUUUACCCGGGGCCUAAAUUUGGGCCCAGUCGGCGACAGUAGCAGGUCAAAUGUUUCCACCGCGAUGUUUGACGGACACAUAAUGAGCAUCCCCUCCCCAGAGAUGUCCUGCCACUCCGCCUGACUGCCUUGCUCGUUAAUCCAAUUCAGCAGAUCAUCUUCUCCUGAGGUCACAGCAUCGAGACGGCCUACUCUCAGCCAAACAGCUCGGUGGUGGUGAAGAUGACCACGGCGCGAUACCGCCCCACGUGGGAGCUGGCCGUUGACCCCUUGGUCUCCUGCAAACUGUGCCUUGGAGAGUUCCCGCUGGAGCAGAUGACCACUAUCACACAGUGCCAAUGUGUCUUCUGUACGCUGUGCCUGAAGCAGUAUGUGGAGCUCCUAAUUAAAGAAGGCCUUGAAACUGCAAUUAGCUGUCCGGACUCUGCCUGUCCCAAAAGAGGACACCUGCAAGAAAACGAGAUCGAGUGCAUGGUGGCCACAGAUAUGAUGCAGAGGUACAAGAAGCUCCAGUUUGAAAGGGAGGUUCUUCUGGACCCGUGCCGGACGUGGUGCCCGUCUUCCUCCUGUCAGGCCGUCUGCCAGGUAAAGGAGGCGGAGUCUCCAGCCCUGCCGCAGUUGGUCCGAUGCUCCGUCUGCACUCUAGAGUUCUGCUCGGCGUGCAAGGCCAACUGGCACCCGGGGCAGGCCUGCCAGGAGAGCAACCUGCCCAUAACGUCCUUCCUGCCCGGAGAGAACAGCUCCUUCUACAAGUCGGAGGAGGACGACGCGCCCAUCAAGCGCUGCCCCAAGUGCAAAGUGUACAUCGAGCGGGACGAGGGCUGCGCGCAGAUGAUGUGCAAGAACUGCAAACACGCCUUCUGCUGGUACUGCCUGGAGUCCCUGGAUGACGACUUCCUGCUCAUCCACUACGACAAAGGACCCUGCAGGAACAAGCUGGGCCACUCCAGGGCAUCCGUCAUCUGGCACAGAACGCAGGUGGUGGGUAUCUUCGCUGGUUUCGGCCUCCUUCUGCUCGUCGCCUCCCCCUUCCUCCUCCUGGCCACGCCCAUCGUCCUCUGCUGCAAGUGCAAGUGCAGCAAAGGCGACGACGACCCGCUGCCAACCUAAGCAGCGGCGCCGGCCUUCACGGGUUUACAGCCGCGCCACGGACGGGCCAUGUUCAUCAUCUCCUUCCUCCUCUUCCUCUGUCCGGUUCUUUUCCCCCUCAGUUCCCAUCCUCCUCCAGCUUUAAGUGGCCUCCACGUUUUCAGGCCACGCCCACCGCUUUUGGGAUCCAUUCACUCUUCACGAGGAGGACAUGAGAGACAAUCCGGAUGUAAAGAAGGUGAGCGGAAAGGAGACUCUGAUGAUGCCGGACACCUGACGGCGUCACGGGCGGCGCCGCUGCAUUUGGGGGGGGGGGGGCUUUUGAAAUGUGGACAAUACAGGAGCCUCUGGAAAAAGGGGGAGGAGCUUCUAUCGCUAAGAUUGUCCGCCGUAAAUGACAAAGCUUUUCCGCCAACACUAAAUUCUGUAGCUGUGCGGGUUCAGCGGUAGCAGCGGAGAGUUGCACCACGCAUGUUUGGUGUAACUCCACACACACACACACACAGCAUGGUGUCUUAGUCGGGGGCGGGACCGGUUCAAUGUACAGCAAGCCCUCUUGAUGAUGUCAAUGUUUUAUAAUCCCGCGCUAUAAAUAGACAUGUGCUCCGAGUGUUGUCACUUGUUUUUCCGCUCAGAAACGGGGGAAGCCACUCAAAAAAAAAAGAAAAAAAAAGUUUUUUAUUUCCGUUUAUGCAAAAAACAACUCGUUUUGUUCGUCUUUGCUCCAUUUAACUGCUUUAUGCAGGGACUGAGUGGCAUUCCACCUAAAAAAAAAAGCAUCGAUUCAUGAGGGGAUUUUUGGAAAUCCUGUCCAAAUGCUGAGAGGAAAAUUUCAAAAUAAAGUUUAAAAAAAAAAAAGGAAAAAUGGUGACAAUUCAGUCAUCAUAACAAAAAGCCUUAAAUGCAGAAAAGCCCAAACAGUCAAACACUUGUAAACCCAGGGAAAGCAUCUUCAAGCUUUUCAAAAUGUUGUCAAAAAGAUUUAUGAUGUCACUAUUUAAAUAACCAUACAAGUUAGAAACACUAAAACAAAUCUAAAAAGAUUUUUUGUGAUAAAUUAAAAAAUUUCUUUCCUUUUAUUUUGAAAAUCUUAUUACCAUCUACCAUUAUCACAGCCAAACGGAGCCCUUAUCAUGAUCACAACUCCUAAAGUAUAGGUCACUCUCCCUUUGAUCGAAAACUUGCUUUAAUGCUAACGGCUGUUUUGUCAGCAAAACGUUUUUUUUUCUGUUUGCUGGAAAGACGUAAAACAAAAACAAAAAAAAACGGUCCACGUUAAAGAAUGUUCAGUGUUUGGGUUUCAGAAACUGUUCUGUGAAACUUUAUCUAUGCAAGUUUGUACAUCAGCGUUUCUAUGGUGAUUUUUAGCUGUUCUGAAGCUGCAGAAUGUCCACACACGCGCACAGCAGCUUUAUUUUGAAGGGAAACUCCUCUUUUUUUUAGGGCAUUUUUUUAAUGGUAAAAUCAAACAAAAAGAUUUAAAAUUUCUCCAGGAUAGUUACAGAAGGUUGUUGCGAAAAUUGCUGUAAAAUCUUCAAACGUUGAAACCCCAAAGUGGAAACAGCGAAUCAAAAGAAGGCAAAACGGAAACAAAUGUUCUCAAAAGUCUUUUCCUCUUAGGCUUUUCUUUUGAAAUGUCAGUGUGCAGUAACUCCACUUUACCACAGGGGGCUCUCUAACUUUAGCCUUCCAAAAAAAAAAAAAAAAAAAA